AUGUAAUUUUACUGCAAAAUAAAAAAUAAUUUUAUUGUAAUAAUUUUCAGUCUUUCAAAACUGAAUGUUACAUGGGACUUACUGGAGGUCUACUGCACAUGUGAUUGUUGUGCACAGAAAUCUUAUUAAAUGUCCACUAGUAACAGACAGAUAUUCUAUGUAGAAUUAGUCAUAAUUUUUCUUACUGGAAUUGGUGGAACAUUGGCUUUGAUAAGUGUUUGCCUGAGAAGUUCGUGGAUAUCUAUUAAACUGUUUAAAAAACUUCACCGUUAUUCUCAUUUUGAUAAUUUGAUUAUUAGCCUGCUUAGCUCCGUUGCUGUUUGGGCUGAUUUUCUUCGUCAUCUCCCUAACGAAAGUGUCUAUCCUUUGAAGAAGAAAUUCACAAAAUAUUUGCUUAACAAACAAAGACAACAACUCAAAGAUGACAAACCAGUAGUAGUAGCAGAUCCCAGUGAUGAGAACAUCAAACACUUUCAUUCACCAGUGAAAUGGAUUAAAUUUGUCGAAACUAUUCACAGAGAUUCACAUUCGCAUCAGAGUGCAAGUGAUCUGUUCGGCUGGGCGUAUUGGAUAUGUGUGGUGUCAGCGGUGUUUUUAUUUCUGGGUAAUUUGAUUUAUUUAAUGAGGAAGGAUUGUGAACGACAACAAGCAACAGAAGCAGUUUGAUUUUGAACAGCAUUUCAACUAGGAGAGAUUGAUUCCAACUGAAGUUCAGAAAACAAUAACUUAUGCAAUAACUCAAAACACAAACAUUCACAGGACG